CUUAUCAAGAAUAUGUAUGUCACAGUGUGUCAUCUACAUGUAUGUGUGUGAAAAUAUUUUAAUAAUAACAUAUAUUUAUAAAUUAAAAAUAUCUGCGCGAUUAAGCUGUGAUUUUAUCGAUAAAUGCUAAUAGUCCAAUCUGGACAAAAAUAAUCUCCGUCCCGAUUGGUCUAUGAAAUUCUUCUAGCACUUGUAGCAUCAAGACUAAUGUCGGCACUCGGCACAAACGUAGUCGUUGUCAAUCUUGACAUUUGUAUCAAAGUCGUCAUCAUCCAAAAAUACCGGUAGGACAAUAAUUAAGAGGAAGGCCGGCGAGACUAAUUAAGAGCGAGAUCGCGCGUCGUUGAAGAUAAAUAUCUCAAAUCAUCUGAUAUCUGUCACGAUGGAUAAGACGAAGUUGGUCAGUAACGACCUGGAGCUACCCCCGUUGCGCAGCCUGGACGACUUCCUGCUGGAGUCCGCGCGCUUUCAAUUACCAAAUCUCAAGGACUUGGAGAAAUGGGGCAAUCGGGUGGUCAAUAAUCUUCUGUACUAUCAAACCAAUUAUUUGUUUAUGUCCAUUAUUAUUUUCCUCAUCGUUGGAUUGAUCCAUCCUGUUAAAAUGCUAGUCGGUAUGCUAGCAAUGAUGACAAUUUUGGGCACAUUUGCUUAUGUGUCUAUGGAAGGAAGUGUGAUACAUAAUUUUAAAAGGCAAUAUCCAGUAGUUGGAGUAUUAUUUAUAGUAUCUGCUGGAUGUUUCUUAACAUAUACUCUGGGAUCUCUAUUUGUUUUCUUGCUGGGCAUUUUGUUACCUUUCUGUGUGACAUUUGUGCAUGCCUCACUGAGAUUAAGGAAUAUCAAAAACAAGAUUGUCAACAAAAUUGAAGGCAUUGGUCUUAAACGCACACCGAUGGGCGUAUUUCUGGGACAUCUUGAAGGUGUGACUGGUAUGACCCUGCGUGCGCAGACAUCACUCAUGCAACCGCCUUAUUAAUAUCCUGCUUUGUGCAUCAAGUUAUAUAUUAAAUUGACAAAAAUUAAUAUCAAUAACCAUUAGUAUUUAUCGCCGUUACUGCUCUAAUUGAAUCACAGUGUUUCACAUUAUCAAUGAGAUGAGUCUUGAAAUAUUUCAGAAUAUAGAGAGAUUUGACAAAUAUUUAUAACUUAAAAGCAAUCUGUUAUAUUAUUCUUAGUUUACAGCAUAACUGACAAGUAACAAUUAUGCUACAAUACUAAAUAUUGAAUUUACAGAUUUAUAUCAAGUGUUUAUUUUUUCUUGAAAUACUUAAAAGGACUGUUUUAA